AUAAUAUUCCUCAAUCUAGAUAUCAGUAUGCGUUCUAUACGUGAUCAAAAAAUACACAUGAGAGUAUUAUAACGUACGUCCAUAAUAAGUAACUUGAUAAAUAAAAAGACGUUAAUUACACAUUUUCAAGUAGUUAAAAUUGAAAACGAAAUUGAACACGAAAAACAAUAUGUUCUUUACAUUUAAAUUGGUGUUAAUAAUUUUAUUAAUUGAAACGUGUGCAAAUAUCACGCAAGAUGUCGAAAGAAUAUUGCUACCGGAAUGGAACUCGACAAGUGUAGAGGAGAUACCACUGACUCUGAAAGUUUUUGGAAAAGAGAUUCAAUUAAAAUUACGUAGAAACGAACAGAUAGUAUCGUCUAUGUUUAAAGUAUGGAAACAUGACACAAUAGGCAUCACAGAAAAGCUGUCGCAAAUAAACGCAUCGGAUCCUUGCUAUUAUCUCCACAAAAAUCAUAUCAGCACUGCGGCCAUAAACUUUUGUCAGGAACAUGGAUGGAAAGGAAUCGUGUAUCUGAAGGACAAUAUUUUGGAAAUUAGACCUUUGCUGGAUGACUUUGCGUCUUUGUCCUCAAUCGGUGAUGUUUGCGUUAAAGAUGAAAUUAAUAUUUCAUUUGGCAAACCUCAUCUUAUUAAAAGAUCAUUGCAAUUAUCUGCUGAUUCAAGUUUUCAUAAUUUGGAUAAUUUUAAACUGAAACGACGUCAUGUACGAAAUACGCUAAGAAAAUUAACUAUAGAAUUAGCUGUUUUCAUCGAUGAAAAAUCAUAUCAUAGAUUUUUGUCUUUUUUCGACGAAAAUGAGGAAACUUGGCGCAGCAUGAUAUUAGCGUAUGUGAAUCGUAUUCAAGCUGUGUUCCAUCAUCCGAGUUUGGGUGUUUCUUUCGAUAUUUCAUUGGUGUGUUUGGAAAUUGUGAAAAAACGAUCGCUAAAUUUGCCAGUUAGGUACAACGUAAUUAGUCUGCUUAAUUCGUUCUGCAAAUACGCAGAAGCUCGCAAUCCUUCAGACGACAAUGAUCCACGUCACUGGGACAUAGGUCUUUAUCUAACUGAAUUAGAUUAUUCGAUAAUCGCAAACGGCUUGGGAUUUUCCUACACAGAUAGCAUGUGCCAAUCAAAUGAAUCAUGCGCGAUAAUAAAUUUCGGUAUUACAUCUGAGCUAUCGUCGGGUUUUACAUCGUCCCUUAUUGCAGCUCAUGAGAUCGGCCACGCUUUAGGAAUGCGACACGAUUCAAUACCGUGUGACACAAAGAAAUACAUAAUGUCAUCUCAAUACUAUUACGACCAGACAACAUGGUCCAAGUGUAGCCGUGAUACAGUUAAAAAACUCUGGAAUGAACUCGGGAAAAAACACGGAAAAAACUGUCUUCGAGAUCGUACGACACCGGAGGAACUCGAACGAUACGACCAUUCGCGUUAUCAUAAUUUGCCCGGAAGAGAAUGGACCGCCAAAGCACAAUGCGAAAUUUAUUUUGGCGACAAGGAUGCGAACGUAGUCUCGUUACAUGAUAUAUGUAAAAUGUUACAAUGUGAAACGUCUCACAAGGAUGAGUCUACAUUCACGGGACCGGCGUUGGAAGGAACGUAUUGCGCAGUAGGAAAGGAAUGUCGCGGAGGAGAAUGCGUGCCCGUUCUCGAACCGCCAUAUAUUCUCAGUUAUUGUGAUGUUGAUAACUGGAGUGAAUGGAAAAUAAGUACUUGUAAAAGUAAUUGCUUAAAGGAUUCUAAAGGCGUAAGACACAAACGACGUUCUUGCAUACAUGGAAGGCGCAGAACGGCCAGUUGCGGAAAACCAUAUUACGACAUGAUUUUGUGCGAUGACUCGAAAUUGUGCGAUUUUGAAAAUCGCACGACAAUCUCCGAGUUUGCUACUGCGAAAUGCAUUGAAUUCAACAAUGUUAUAGAGCAUUUAAAAUUUAGUGACAAAGAGGAAUUGGAAAUGGGGCCGGGAUUUCAGAACUUUUAUAAUGUCAAUGAACCGUGGUUAGCCUGUACUAUUCACUGUCAACGAAAAAAUUUAUUUUCUUUCUACGCACCACGCUUUGAAAUGCUCAGCUUUAGUAUCGACCCAUAUUUUCCAGAUGGAACGCUUUGUCAUUAUGAAAAUAGCAAGAGAUAUUACUGCCGCCAACAUUAUUGUCUGCCUGAAAGCUAUCCUGAAGAAUAAUUGUUGAAAGAUUAUCGACGUGUGAACGGGGAUCGAAAAUAUAAAAAAUUAUAAAAAGCGCGUAAAUCAGUCUAGAAUUGUUGGACAAUUUGUUUGAUAAUAAAUAUUCGAUCG